AUGGUGCGGCCUCGGCAAUCGUCUAAUGCGAGCGACGAGUCAGCCGGGACGGCUAGGGACCAGGAGCUGGGCAGUAUGUACGAUUAUUUGGCGAAGAUUAUCUUGCUGGGGCCAAGUGGGAGUGGGAAGUCCUGCCUACUCCACCGCUUCGUCAAAAACGAAUGGCGCAUCCUUUCUUCGCAGACAAUCGGCGUCGAGUUCGCAAGCAAGAUAAUACGGGUCGGGACUGGCGCGAGGAGGAAACGAAUAAAGCUUCAACUCUGGGAUACAGCGGGCACAGAACGCUUCCGUUCCGUCUCACGCUCCUACUACCGCGGCGCUGCCGGUGCCCUCCUCGUCUACGACCUCACAUCUCACAGCACAUUCACCUCCCUGCCCUCUUUCAUGAACGAUGCGCGCGCUCUCGCUUCUCCGAACCUCACGCUCCUGCUCGCUGGAAACAAAGCCGAUUUGGCGGAUACAGGAUCUCUGAUAGAUAUAGACCCCGGUCUUUCGAGUCCGCCGACGAAUACGCCUAGCAGUAUCUCUUCAGCAGCAAGUAAGUUCCCGCCGGGGAAUGGUAGUAUAAGUGGAGGAAAGGGGCUGGGGUUAGGGUCGCAAUUGAGAGCCUCUACGGCUCCUGAUGGGAGAGAGGUAUCAGCAGAAGAAGCUUCUAAAUGGGCAUCCGCGAACAACAUCCCGGUCUCCGUGGAAGUGUCAGCGCUGAGUGGAGAUAACGUGGACGAGGUGUUCAACCGGCUAGCACGCAUGAUAUUGACGAAGAUUGAGCUGGGGGAGAUUGACCCGGAUGAUCCGAUGAGUGGUAUUCAGUACGGGGAUGGCGGGUGGCAGGGAGAGGGGGAUGGCGCGAGUGUGAAGAGUGGAAUGACUGUGGAUGAGGGGGCUAGGAGGAGGGGAACUCGGAGAGGGGGAAGGAAGAACGGGUGGGGGUUAGGAGGAGGCACACUGGGAGGCAUGCGGGAAUGGGAAGAAGUGUUUACACUCAGUGGGAGCCGCAGGAGGAAUCGUGGGUGCUGUUGA